UGUUAUAUCCUGACUUCUUUGAUCCUCCCCUUCUUCCAGUGUCCCCCUCUUAUCUCUUGAUAAGACAUAUGUGUGGAGUCACUCUGCACAUGCUCAGUUUGGUAUGUAUUGCUAGAAGAGUGGAUGUGAUCAGCACAGGGCCAAUCAGCACUAUACAUACAGAGGUCAGGGGUCCUGCAUCCUCUUACAGCAGAAUGAAAACUCCUCCUAUAAGCUUUAACCAGUGCUCAGUUGGACACUGAUAGAAGUCAUAAGACUUCUCUAACUGCUGAUGAGAAAAGGUAUUUAUCAGUUUAUAUUUACUAA